AUGCUUGCCUUGACACUUCUGCUAGCCUCCCUAGGGGUUCUAACCGAGGGCAACAAGGUCCAGCAGGUACACUUAAGCCUGGACAACUCGCCAGAUCACAUGGUCGUCACCUGGCUCACCGAGCAUCCUUGUAAGUUUUUCUAGUUUUUCGGGAAGGUCCAAAAUCUUCGGUGUGAACUAUUCCAGUGCCACCACUAUAACUCAAAGACUUUUCAAAACAUUAGAACCCUUAAUUAGAUCAAAACUCGAAUUGCUAGGGAGAAAUUCAAUCUCAAGCUACAACCCCAACCUUAUUAACCUCAAACGGUCAUAAAAAUCUAAGUAGCAAAACUUCAAGCUUCAGGUAGACUAGUUAAAGAUCGUAAGAUGUGUAAAAACCAAUUUGAACAAGUCUGGUCUUCUCGACAAAACUUCAAGCUCUAGCUACACAAAUUAAAAUUCUUAUAUUCCACUAACAUAACUCCACAAGGAAACCUUUUUUAUUGUGAAUUUUCUCAAAAACUCUAUUUUCCAGUGCCCAACGUGAUCCCAUUUGCCAUGUACGGCACCUCCACUGGUCAGCUCACCUCAACCGUCAAGGCUUCAACAACAAAAUGGGAAGACGGCGGGAAGAAGGCGAAGACUCGCUACACUUAUCGAACCACCUUCACCGACCUCAAGCCUGGCACUAGAUACUGUGAGUUUGACCUUUCUUGAUCAUCUAUGGUCAACUAUUUUGUUAGCUUUCAUCUAAAGGAUUAGUGCCAACCUAGAAACCUGUUUCUUCUACAUUAGCCUAACUAAAACCCCCUCCAGUAGCUUCUAAACAGAAAAAAGAACGUUCUCACUCUAAUCCUGCUCAAUUUUGCCUACCUAACCGCGUGCCUAAUGAACCUAAAAGUCCAGACUACACCGUCGGAAGCGCCGAGGAGAUGUCCAAGACGUUCAGCUUCAUCCAGCCUGACCAAUCCAAGCCGCUCCGCGCCGCCAUUUAUGGGGACAUGUCCAUUCUCAACGGCUACAGUAUCCAGCCGCUUAUCGAAGCGGCCACCAAUGGGGAGAUCGACGUCAUUUUUCACAUGGGUUAGUGAAUCGAAAAUGUUCUGUAUAUUCUUCAAUUCGAAUGGAGUGUGACAUGAGAGUCUAACUUUUUAACUACACUCACAUCCUUACUACUUAACAAACUCAUUUUAAUGCUAUCUCUCCUCUACUUCUUCACAGCCUAUUCUGACUAGAUCUUACUUUAGGGAUCAACAACAAGGAUAGAACCAAAGGGCUCCCUUCUGAAGAUCUCAAGCUCGUUUCUCCACCUCAAAACCCACUUUCCAACCUUCAGGAGACUUCGCCUACGACCUGGACGACAAGAACGGCGACACCGGCGACGACUUCAUGAACGCCAUCGAGCCGUACACUUCGAUCGUACCAUUCAUGGUGCUUCCCGGCAACCACGACACCGCCCAAAAGUACCUCCACUACAAGAAUCGCUUUUCAACUCCGGAAAAUGGGGAGAAUCACGGCAGAUAUUGGAGGUAGAGGAAAAUUCUGUUCUUCACGAGGAAGCUUGGAAGUUCAGUCUGGACUACGGUAACACGCACAUUAUCGCUCUAAACACCGAAUUCUACGCCGAAGCAGAUUCCACUAAGGCUGAGGAACAGUACAACUGGCUCGAGGCUGACUUGAAGAAUGUAAGAAAGCUUUUUAAGCCUUAACAGUUCACUUGUAUAGGCCUCAGACCUCUUAUACGCCUUGGAAAAGGGUCAGGUUUUUUUUCUGAGCAACUGAGUGACCCUUAAAGGGGUUUUGCGCCUCUUAAGUUCCCCUUUGAAUAAAACCAAAAAAGUGACUUUUUUUUUUAGUUCUAUGGCCUAAAAAUGUUUCAUGAAUGAACCAAAUGACCUUUCUCUUCAGAACAAGGGGAAAUGGACGGUUGUGAUGAUGCAUCGGCCAAUGUACUGCUCGAACGACUCCAAGAAGGGCUGUCACAACCAGGAAGAUACUAUAGUAAGUCUUCUUUGACGAAAACCCAUAAAUCUCCACCGGAGUUGGAUAAGAUAAGAACUAUAAACCGUUAGAACCGUCUCUGAAAGUCAAAAACAGAAGUUUCAACUUGACCUCAAGCUUAAAGAAGCUACUUUUAGACCCGAGAAGGAGCUCCAGGAUUCCCAGGCCUGGAGAAACUGUUUGACAAAGAAGGCGUCGACUUCAUCUACUACGCUCACAAGCACACCUACGAACGGUUCUGGCCGAUGGUCAAGGGAGAUCCUUUCAAAACCGGAGAUCCUAACAGCUUCCACAACGCUCCGGCGCCGAUCUACGUGAUGGCUGGCACUGGGGUUUGUUUCUAACUUUUCAGCCUUUAUUCAAAAAUUCCGUUCAACGUUCAAGAUGAUCACUAAAAACUUUCCAAACUUUACUACGAGCUCAAAACUUUUCGGACAUCAGAAACUCCUUUUUCACAUUGGCUCAAAAUUAGCUUCACUUGGAAGGAGAUCCACCUAGGGCGCAGAAGCCAUAAAAAUCAAAUUCUCUAGGUUUAAACAUUUCACUAGCCGUUUUUUUCUUUCUUAUGAAGCAUUUCUCAAUUAUCGAAACCUUAAAGAAUCUAAUAAUUUUUUUUCCCCCAACUUGAAAAAACUCUCAAAUUACAUGAAUGUAUAAAUAUAUCCCUUCUUGCUUUUCAGAACAACAAGAAGCACCUAAAAACCUCUCGCAACCCUCUCAAAUUCAUCCUUCAGGGCUGCCACGACCACAUCUUUCCCAACGAGACGAUCCAGCAGCCUUACUCGCUGAAGCAGUUGGGCAACUACGGCUACGCCACGCUCCGAGUCUUCAACGAGACUUUCGCCGUCGGCGGGUUCGUCGACGCUUUAAGCAAGGCCGACCUCGAUCCGUUCGUCGUGUCCAAGGAGAUCGGCUUCAAGCGAUGA